AUGGUUUCGCUAAAUACACUGUUGGUGGUGGCAGUGUCGAUUUCGACCGGCUUUGGCGCGAGUGGUGUGAAGCCUUCUGCUAUUUCCCAGUUUUGGAUGGAUGACAUAAAAGUACUCGAUCAAAUAUAUGGGAAAACCUCAGACAAGCAACUGUACGGAGCAACCUUGCCAACUGCCAUAAACUUCAAUAUUGAUCUGAAGAAAUUAUUAAAAGCACAAGAAUCACAAAAGAAAGAACGCUAUUCCGUCACGGAAGAAGAAGAUUCAGAUUCGGAAGAACAAUUCUAUCCCUCUCUGUUUGGAGAGCGUUAUGCAAAACAGUUCAGCAAAAGUCUCAAAAGUGAGAAGAAGAAGAAAUCACCACUCCAUUUCGUUGGCUUAUCGAAUUUCAAACCGAUCAGUGAAUCGAGCGAUCCGGAGACAUACAAUUAUCUAAAGCACUUAGAACACUUCGAAAAGCAUAAAUCUGAAAUGCCGGAGCCCGAAAGCUACAAAUCGUACUCGGCGCAAGCCGAAGAAGAGGAAGCGUAUAGAAGCAUUCAGGACAUUCUAGAUGCUCACGAAGCCAACAAGGGACACAAGUCUGAGUCUGAAUUCAACGAUAGCCUCGAGAAAUACCCGCGACGGGAUCCUAAAGACGACGACGAGAAGUACUACCGGUAUGCUUCUAAAGCGGUGCCGACAAAAAGUAAAGUUAGGUUUCUCAACCACAACAAUGUGAACAACAGAUGUCGACCAGGAAGAUGCAGGAAGAGGCUGUCUCACUACAGAUCCGCCCCGAGGCCUUAUAUCAGGAAAAUCAAGCGAAUUAGAAUUGUAUAG